AUGUCGAUAGAAAACCCCGUGAUAACAAGUGGUCGCAGAAACGCCAAUGUCUUAGCCGGAAGCGUGUGUUUAUACCGAUGGUCGCUCGUGUCUCGGGAGCGCGACCUCAGAACCGGUACGGACCAGAGCCGCGCGUGGCGAGAGCAGGGCGCGUGUGCGCCUCCUCUUGUGCCACCCAGAGGUCGUGGUCGCGUGGGAGAACGCCGUCGGUGGACCAGACGUCCUUGCCGAUUCAGCAUGUUGGAUGCUCUGAGCUCUCUUGUGGCCGUCGCCAGCACGGGCCUCCAGCAGCUGGGCAACGCGGCGGCGUCAAUCGUGACACCCCCGCCCGACACGGCGCCGGCCACGGUCAACGGGGACGGAAACCGCAAGCUACCUCGGUACACGCUGCAGGACGUGUACCAGCACUGCCACCAAAAUGACCUGUGGAUCGUCAUUCACAACAGGGUGUACGACGUCACCAGCUUUCUAAACAAGCAUCCCGGUGGUGAGGAGAUUCUGUGGGAGCAUGCCGGCAGAGACGCUACCCUUGCAUUCAUGGGCACCGGCCACACCCGGGAAGCGGUCGCCCUGCUGCAGCAAUACUGCAUCGGCAUUCUAGCCGAGGAGGAACAGCUGAACAUGUUCAACGACGUGUCCUUGCAAAUGGCCGUCACUGCACAGUCUUAAGUGGCUCAACGCACAAGUGAAACGGACGUUGUCCCUGGCUUCAUCUUUAGGAAUUGUGUGAUCUUCAUCGUCAUCGUUUACUUUUCCUUCAUCGUGCCUCUUCGUGCGUGUGCUGCAGCGUAUAUUUAUUGCCGUAUUCGUUAUAAAUAAAGUGCUUGCAGCGUGCCAUUAUUCAUUCAAUGGGCACAUCUCCACUGACUCACAGAA